AUGGCAGAGUACAUUGGGCUAGAUUCCGGGGUGGCAGAGGAUAAGUCCGGGCCAGUGAGUCCUGCUCCUGUGACGGAAGAUGCAGUCUUUGGCGAGAUUACUGAAUCAGGGCUGAAUUAUCAAGACGUCGGAUGGGUGGGAACAGUGGCUCUCAUGAUGAAAACCCAGUUCGGUCUGGGUGUUCUUUCCAUCCCACAAAUCCUUGAUUCGCUGGGAAACAUAACAGAUAUCAUAUACCUGUCUGUUAUUGCAGCCAUCACCACCUGGUCCAAUUAUGUUAUCGGCACAUUCAAGUUAAAACACCCUAUGGUGUACGCUAUCGAUGACGCGGGAGAUCUGAUAUUCGGUCGAGUCGGCCGCGAGGUCCUAGGCUUCGCAGUCUGUAUCUACUGGAUCUUCUGUUCCAGCUCUGCAUUAUUGAGCACAUCAAUCAGAUUAAAUGCAGUCUCGGCUCAGGGGACGUGUACUGCAGACUUUGUUGCGAUGUCUGCGUUCGUUUCAUUUGGCCUCGCUAGUAUCCGCACUCUGGGGAAGAUAAAAUGGACCGCGUGGAUCGGGGUGGGGUCUGUCUUUACGGCUGUCAUGAUUACCACAAUUGAAGUCGGUGUUCAAGACCGACCCCCAACAGCACCCAUGACUGACCCCUGGAUAUCGGACUACAAGCUUGUUGGGCAUCCUUCUUUCACAAAGGCAAUUACAGAAGUCUCUUCUGUCGUGUUUGCGUACGCGGGUAUUCCUGGCUUCUUCCCGAUUGCUGCUGAAAUGCGCAAUGUUGCAUUAUACACAAGGUCUCUUUUCAUAUGCCAGGCUGCGAUGCCUGCGAUAUACAUAGCUAUUGGUACUGUGAUCUACUAUUAUUGCGGCUCUUAUGUGGCAUCUCCAGCCCUUGGAUCUGCUGUCAUCGUUCUACACGUGAAUCGCAAGAGCGUCCUCUCAUGGCUUUCUCGUUAG